UCGCGCGGCCUGCAGUGCCCGCGCCCCGCGCCAUGGAGCCCGGCCCCGGCCCCGCCGCCGCCGCCGCCGCCGCGCCCGGCCCCGGGCCCGCCGCCAUCCGCGAGGGCUGGUUCCGCGAGACGUGCAGCCUGUGGCCCGGGCAGGCCCUGUCGCUGCAGGUGGAGCAGCUGCUGCACCACCAGCGCUCGCGGUACCAGGAUAUCCUCGUCUUCCGCAGCAAGAGCUACGGGAACGUGCUGGUGCUGGACGGCGUGAUCCAGUGCACCGAGCGGGACGAGUUCUCCUACCAGGAGAUGAUCGCCAACCUGCCGCUCUGCAGCCACCCGGACCCGCGCAAGGUGCUCAUCAUCGGCGGCGGCGACGGCGGCGUCCUGCGCGAGGUGGUCAAGCACAGCUGCGUGGAGUCCGUGGUGCAGUGCGAGAUCGACGAGGACGUCAUCCGCGUCUCCAAGCAGUUCCUGCCCGGCAUGGCCGUGGGCUACUCCAGCCCCAAGCUCACGCUGCACGUGGGAGACGGCUUCGAGUUCAUGAAGCAGAACCAGGACGCCUUCGACGUCAUCAUCACCGACUCCUCGGACCCCAUGGGGCCCGCGGAGAGCCUCUUCAAGGAGUCCUACUACCAGCUCAUGAACACGGCGCUCAAGGAGGACGGCAUCCUGUGCUGCCAGGGUGAGUGCCAGUGGCUGCACUUGGACCUCAUCAAGGAGAUGCGCCACUUCUGCAAGUCUCUCUUCCCGGUGGUGGGCUACGCCUACUGCUCCAUCCCCACCUACCCCAGCGGCCAGAUCGGCUUCAUGCUGUGCAGUAAAAACCCGAACACCAACUUCCGGGAGCCGGUGAGGCCGCUGACGCAGAAGCAGGUGGAGGCGAUGCAGUUGAGAUACUACAACUCCGACGUGCACCGGGCCGCCUUCGUCCUGCCCGAGUUUGCCCGCAAGGCCUUGAAUGAAGUGAGCUGAGCCUGACGUCGGCCUGGACAAGACCCGUCACCCUCACCCCCGCCGGCUGGCCGCUGCCAGGGACCGUUGCCCGGCCGCCCGGGUUGGACGGUCUGUCCCGGGCUCGUGGCCUCCAGGCCUCUCGC